UUUACAGUUUCUUAGAUAUUUUGUACCUCCAAGCGCAGUAUUCACAUACCGCCCGAUAUGCCAAAGCGGAAACGAAACCACGAGCCCAGCCUCGAAGAGAAGCUGUCGCAAUGGCACAAGCAACUGGCACGCGGCAUGAAGACCGCCAAGGGUUUCGAGCGCCAACGAUUGAGCAAGCGCAUUCGCGAAGCUCAGAGCGACCCGGACAAGACGGCGAGGCUUGAGAGGGAGAUUGCUGUAUUAAAGAGUCUCGAUCUUCAACAAGCCGCGCACGCGCAUCUAUGCUCAUCACUUCUCAAAAUCAAGGGCGUGGCCGAGUCUCCAAAAAUACCCGCCGAUAUAAUCAAGCCCAUUCCGAAGCCUGAGGGGCUGUCCGAGGAAGAGAAGGCCGCGCUACACAACGUGACGAGUGCGCUCUGCAAUCGCAAGCAGAUCCGCGACGUCAUCGAAGAGGCUAUCAUGGGCACCUGUAUUGCGCUAAGGGUACCCAUGCCGGAGAAAUUGAAGAAAGGGAAGGAUAAGAAGGAGAAGAAAGACACCAAGGCUAGUAAAGAGGAACAGGCCGACAGAGAUAAGCCGAAGAAGGAAGCGGUUAAUAAUACACAUAAGGAAGAAGACGAAGACGAAGACGAAGACGGAGAGAGAUCUGAUACCGAAGAGAAUGGGCCAGGACUAGUGCUUUUGAAGAGGAAGAAGGAUAAGGCUGAGGGUGACGAGGAGGAACUCGGUAGCGAGGAUGACGAUGAAGCUGAAGAUGAUCAACCAUUCGAAGGUUUCUCUGACAGCGAUGCCGAGGAACGAGCCUGGUCGCGGUAUGAUGCCUUUGUAGCAGGCUCAUCUAGCGACGAUGACGAAUCAGGAGACAACGAGAGUGUGGACGACGAACUUGUCGCAGACAGCAGAACGAAAUCGCUACGAAAAGCGACGGCCGACGACAUUUCUAUAUCAUCAGUCGGAUCGUCCGAAUCAGACCAAGAAGAGGAAGAGGAAGAAGAAGAAGACGUAGAAGACGUAGACAGCCAAAUUUCCGCAUCCGCAUCCCCACCACCUAAAAGGGCUAAAGUCGCAAAGACGGCCGCGAUAACAGCCGGCAACUCGGCAUUCCUACCUUCAUUGAUGGGCGGCUACAUAUCAGGCUCUGAAUCAGAAGCCUCCGACCUCGAUCUCGCCCCCGCGCGCAAGAACCGGCGCGGGCAACGUGCGCGCCAAGCUAUCUGGGAGAAGAAGUAUAAGGAGAAAGCGAAGCACGUCCAGAAGAAGCAGCAGGAAGCCAAGGCGGGCCGAGAUCAGGGAUGGGACAUGAGACGAGGCGCAGUAGGGGACGAAGAGGGGUCGAAUAAGCCCUGGAAAAAAGGCAUCCGGAAUCCCUUCGAUAACAAGCAUAUCCACCCCGAGCGCCAACAGCAACUUCAAGGGGGCCGCGAACAAACCAGUGGGAAAAGCUUCGUGGAGGACAAACCGAAACCAAAAGCAAUACCUAAGCGGGAUGAUACGGGUCUCUUACACCCAAGUUGGGCCGCGGCCAAGAAGGCUAAGGAAGAAGGUCAAAAGGUCGCAUUUCAAGGGCGUAAGGUGGUGUUUGAUUAAGUUAUUUAAUAGAUACCAUAUUAGUAGGCUACGGAAACUACUGAAGAGAAUCAAUAUUCAUUGUAGGAAAUUAUCGAUUAUAUUUACUUGGUC